UCUUCUUUUCCUUAUCCAUUCGAUGCUCAUCCCCAUUCCUAUCCAGCCGGCCGCGUCUUCCUCCGUAGCCACGAAGCGCGUUCGUGGCCAUGGCCGCCGGCAGCUUGAUGCGCCUUGUUCGAAUCGUGUGUGGAUCGCCGACGCCGGAUGCAUCCCUCUCCAUGGCCGUCCGCAGCCAGGGGCGCGCUCGUCGCGUUGCCUUGUCCGCCUCCGGCAGCAGCUGGAUGUGCGCCAUCUCCAUGGCCGCCACAGCCAAGGUGUGCCGGUCGCCAUGGCCAAGCUACAACCGACCACGGCGACGGCGAGUUUGUGCUGGAACCAAGGGGGUUUGCUGGAACCAGCUGGUGUAUGUGCUACAAGGUCAGUGCCUCACCGGAGGAAGCUACAUCCAGCGGCGAGGAGUGUUGCAUCCAACGCCGUUCGAUGUCGGGGAGCUGCAACCGUGCACGCCGGAGCUGCAACCGACUACUGGGGGAGCUGCAAGAGGGGUGGCGGCUUUUUGUCCAUGCUUUUUUUUUUGCCGAACCAAUUUUUUGUUUUUGCUGGAACCCAUGUAUUUUUUUGCUGGAACCGAAAUGAUUUUUUGCUUCAUCGGUGUAGAGCUCUCAAAUGCUCAUCUUGUUUUUGAUGGAACCUAAAUUUGUUUUUGCUGGAACCGUUUUUUGAUUUUGCUUCAACAGACCACCGGACUUUGACCCGCUGUGAAGUUUUUUUGCUCGAAGAAAUUUGCUGCUUCCAGAUUUUUGUUGCUUGACACUGACCCGCAGCGAGCCGGAGACGCAGAGAUGCUGCAACCAGCCACCUGAGUGCUACCAUGGGCAUCACCGGAAGCUAGAUCAAACAAAUUGUUUUGCUACCACUAACUCUUUUUUACUGGAAACAGCUCCAAAAUUUUUGCUUCCACCAUGCUCUGUUUUUUGCUGGAUCCAGUUUCUUUUUUUGCUUCCACCAUGACGGCGACCACCGGCAGCGACGACGGCGACCGAAGGCCGGCAGCGACCGGUGGGGAGGGCAGCGACAGGCGAGCGCGCAAGCGGUGCUUCGA